AUAGGUCUCUAUAGGUCUCUAUAGGUCUCUAUAGGUCUCUAUGGGUCUCGGUCCGUCCGGUACCUUCUGCAUCUCCUCCGAGCGGCUCCGGCUGCUGCUGAGGCUCCUCCGCCGCCAUCAUCCGCCGCAGCCCCGCCCCGCGCAGCGCUUCCGGGUCACCGCCAGCACCGCUUCCGGAGCACCAGCCGCCCCGCCGGAAGCGCGCCAGGCCCCUCGGCGACAAGCCCCGCCCACAGGCGGCGGAAGCACCAAUCAGCACGCAGAGCGGGCGGGAGGACACGCCCCUAGAGACAGACCCCGCCCCUAGCGACAACACGGGAGCGAGGCGGCCACGCCCCUAGCAACAACCCACGCCCAUAGAGACGAGGGCCACACCCCCUCGCUGUGCUCUGAUUGGCCGUGCGCGGCGCGGUGGGCGUGUCCUGCGGCCGCCAUCAUGUCGGAGCGUGAGGAGCGGCGGUUCGUGGAGCUGCCGCGGGACUCGGUGCGGUUGAUGGCCGAGAGCUCCGGCCUGGAGCUGAGCGAGGAGGUCCUGGCGCUGCUGGCGGAGGAUGUGUGUUACCGGCUGCGGGAGGCCACGCAGAACAGCUCCCAGUUCAUGAAGCACACCCGCAGGCGGAAGCUGACGGUGGAGGACUUCAACCGGGCUCUGCGAUGGAGCAACGUGGAGGCUGUGUGUGGAUACGGAUCCCAGGAUGCUCUCCCCUUUCGGGCCAUCAAGGAAGGGGAAUUGUACUUCCAAGAGGAUCGGGAAGUGAACCUGGUGGAGCUGGCUCUGGCCACCAACAUUCCCAAGGGAUGCGCUGAGACAGCCGUGAGAGUGCACAUCUCCUAUCUGGAUGGAAAAGGCAACCUGGAGCCACAGGGAGCUGUGCCCAGCGCCGUGUCCACGCUGACCGAGGACCUGCUCAAGUAUUACCAGCAUGUGACCCGUGCGGUGCUGGGGGAUGACCCACAGCUGAUGAAGGUGGCCCUCCAGGACCUCCAGACCAACUCCAAGAUAGCCGCACUGCUCCCUUACUUCGUCUACGUGGUCAGCGGGGUGAAGUCCGUGAGCCACGACCUGGAGCAGCUCAAUCGCCUCCUGCACAUCGCGCGCAGCCUCAUCCAGAACCCGUUCCUGUGCCUGGGCUCCUACGUCUGCAGCCUCAUCGGCAGCGUCAUGUACUGCGUUCUGGAGCCGCUGGCAGCCUCCAUCAACCCCCUCAACGACCACUGGACACUGCGGGACUAUGCGGCCAUGCUCCUGAGCCGCAUCUUCUGGACUCAUGGUGAUUUGGUGAGUGGACUCUACCACCAGAUCCUGCUGUCGCUGCAGAAGGUGUUGGCUGACCCCGUGCGUCCGCUCUGCUCCCACUAUGGGGCUGUGGUUGGGCUGCAUGCGCUGGGGUGGAAGGCCGUUGAGCGGGUGCUUUACCCCCAUCUCCCCACAUACUGGACCAACCUACAAGCAGUCCUGGACGAUUACUCCGUCUCCAACGCGCAGGUCAAAGCCGAUGGGCACAAAGUCUAUGGAGCCAUCCUGGUGGCUGUCGAGUGCCUGUUGAAGAUGAAGGCUCAACAAUCGCCCUCACCGGUGCCUGGCAACAACCGGUGCCGCGAGGCCUCCCCACGGCACAGCCCCAAACCGGACCCAGAGCUGCCCUUCGGCCUCGGGCGCCCAUUGCUGCAGCUGGGGGGGGGCAGCAGCACUGGGCCCCCCCCCUCCUCCUCCUCCUCCUCCUCCUCCUCCCUUCACCACAUGUACCAUGAGCUCUAUGACUUCUUCGGCGACAGCCUCGCCUCCCGCUUCGGCACCGGCCUCCCCACCGCAGCCUCCCACCCCCCCGAGGGCCCCCCCGACGGCGGCCGCAAGGACCCCGACGGCAGCGCACGGAAGAUGCCUCAGCUGACGGCGAGCGCCACGGUCAGCCCGCGGGACGAGGACCCCCCGGUACCGGUACCGGUAGCACCAUCACCGCGCCCGGUCCCGCAGCGCCCGUCCGCCGGCCUCCCGCGGCCUCGCGGCGCUCCCCGGCAGCCGGGACACCGCCCGGGACCCCGCGACGUGUUCCAGAAGUGCCGCUUGGCGCCGCGAGGACCCCCCAGGUUCAGCUUCGUCAUCGCCGGGCGCCAGGCCGGGCGCCGGUGCCAGGGCCGCCGGUUCCAGACCUGCUUCCCGCAGCACCAUGGGGCCGGACACGUGUCCCGCUACGCGCAGAAGCUGCCCAUGAUCGGGCGCAGCUCGCGCCCCACGCGGAGGUGGCCUCGGGCUGAGUACUCACUGCACCUGCUGCUCUGAACACACAAUAAAUGGGGCUGAGGUCA